AUGGCGGACCUCGUCAGCACCAAGACCAAGCAACAUGUGAAGUUCGCCCCCGCGACUCCCGCCCAGCGCGAUGCCGCAUGGCGCCUCAACGGCGUCUCAUGGGCGCCCCCGAUGUCCCUCGAAGCCUACGUCGCCCGCGAGACCGCCCUCUCCAAGAUGGCCCUCUCGGAGAACUGCACCUACUACGUCCUCUUCGACCCCGCCGACCCGGAGCACAUCAUAUCCUCCUGCGAGGCCACCGCCAAGACCCUUUUUGUAAGGGACGCCGCCGACGGAACCCUCCGCGAGGAAAAGGCCUACGCCAUCGCCUCCGUCUACACGAACCCCUCCCACCGCGGCCACGGCAUGGCCACCCUCCUCCUGAACCGCCUCAAGGACGCCAUGGACGCCGACUCCCGCGCGAGCGUGCUCUACAGCGACAUCGGCACCGUCUACUACGCCCAGCUCGGCUGGGCCGUCUACCCGUCCCUCCAGGUCUCGCUGAUCCCGGACGACCCCUCGGCGCUGCAGCCCACGCCGCCCGACGGCGUGCGCUACCUCGCCGCGGACGAGGUCCCCACGCUGUGCGAGAAGGACACGGAGCUGUUGCGGAAGAAGCUCGAGGGCCUGCCGGCCGACGGCAGGACGCACAUCGCCUUCGCGCCGUCGGCGGCGCAGAUCACGUGGCACUUCGCGCGGGACAGGUUCACGGCGAAGCAGCUGAGGGAGGGCCGCGAGGUGGUCAACCACGGGGCGGUGACGGCGGACGGCGGGGCCUGGGUGUACUGGGACCACGACUUCCGGGAGAAGAAGCUCAAGGUGCUGCGGGUGGCGGGGGAUCCGCGGGCGGACGUGACGGCGCUGCUGCACGCUGCGGUGCUGGAGGCGGCGGACUGGGGGCUGGCGAAGGUGCUGGUGUGGAAUCCGGACGACGGGGUCGCGGCGUCGGCGAAGAGGGUGAGUGAUCGGACGGAUGGCGCCGUCAGGGUCGUGUUCGACGAGAGGCUUGACGGGAGCAUUCCGAGCUUGAGGUGGAAGGGCGAGGGGGAGGUCGUGUGGGAGGAUAAUGAGUACUAUGCAUGGUGCUAG